UAAACAGAAUAAACGGGAUCACUAGCUAUUCACAGAGUAAAAGCUGAAAGCUGGGGUUUGUCGCCUUUCUUGGGAAUAUUUAGUGGCAAUGUUGAUGUGUUGUUGAAGAAGGUUAUCUUGACCUUACGUUAAGUACCGAGCGUGACAAAGACAUCACGUCAUCAACUGUUAGCCAUUCAAGCGUAGAAGACACCGCUGUUUCGUCUUUUGAUAAUUCACCUCGGUGUUCAUCCGGUAUUCAUCGUCGCUGUGGACUGACUUUUCAUUCGAUUGUUUCUUUGGAUUGCGGAGUGGACGAUCUUAACAUGAAUUCAUGAUUCCUCGUUUUCGCGUCAUGCCAGUACAACUGGAAGUAGAGGGACAACAUGCUUGCAACAUUAUGGACGGUCAUCCUGUGUAUUUUACUAGACUACGAAGGACUGGUACAAACUGAGCGUGUCCCUUUGGCGAAUUUCAUGAAUGGUAAGCCGUGGAGGGAACGAUGGACGGCCAAUGGAAGCAGUUCCUGGGAUUUUAGUAAAUCCGAGCUUACUGUUUGUGUCACUCCAUCGUCGCUACCGAACGGAUGGGUGAGAAGUGACGUCAUCAACACUGGACCCGCCUCUAGAAUCGAGCUCACGGCAACAUUUUAUGCCAGGGACUGCUCCUCGUUUCCUGGUGGAUCGUACUGUAGACAUGACUUUGACGUCUACGCGCAUCAGUCUGAGACUCAGUACUCGGGACUAGCCCCUGACCCGAACAACAGCCCAUCGGGGACGUACAGCAAGAUCGGGACGCUGAACGCGACGAAACUUUGGACCAGUCUUGGAAACAGGAUACCAAAUGUACAGACAUUAUCGCUUAUUCUACAAAACAGCAAACCGUACGUCUAUCUUGCCCUUCAUUACAAAGGCGGAUGUCUUGCGGUGCAGAGCAUUUUAGUAGAAUAUUUUCGAUGCGCAGACAUGGCGCUACCAAGUACACUGGUACAACUUGGUGAGACUGUAGCACCUGCUAACAAUUCUAUCAAUGUAAGUGGAGCAUGCGCACCAAACUCCAAGCAAGUGUCAGGGGCGGGGUAUCUCUAUGGUUACUGUCAAUCAGACGGAGAGUGGAGUUCGGGGCUGUUCAGUGGGGAGUGUCAAUGUGACGCAGGUCAUCAAAACACAACCACAGGCGGAGGCGGAGCUGAAUGCCAAGCGUGUCAAGUUGGAACUUACAAAGCCAUCGCUGGUGAUCUUGGUUGUACCGGUUGCCCUAACAACAGUGUUGCUAUUGAAACUGGAAGUACAGGCUGUACCUGUGUCAGCGGUUUCUACAGGAAGUCUGGCGAGUCCAUUAACAAGACGUGUACAGGACCACCUUCAGCCCCUACAAGCCUUGAUACAAAUUUAUUGAACGACUCCGUGGUAACUUUAUCCUGGUCACCCCCGAAUAACACGGGCGGUCGGUCUGACGUGUACUACCGGGUUGAAUGCUUCACGUGUAAUGGUAACGGUACGGUGUGCGUAAAGGCCUGUGGAGGCACGAUUACACAGCACUGGACGUCGGCGCGGGUCAGCGGUCUGUCUGCCUUUACGUACUAUAUGUUCAGAGUGUAUGCGCGUAACGGAGUCAGUGAUCAAGCCGAGAGUGGAGGUCAAGAGGCCGAGUUUGCCAAGCUGGUCAUACAAACACAUGACGCGGUUCCGGGUAAGCCUGAGAUAGUAAGUAUAAGCGAGCGCAGUCCUACUGAGGUUUUUGUGCAAUGGAAACUUGAAGAGCCAAAUGGCAUUAUUAAGUCAUACGAGUUGACGUACCACGUGGCCGGUGAGGUAGAUGAUGCACAGUCUGUUGAGACAAACGCUACCGAGGCGAUAGUAGAAGUCGAGGCAAAGAAAGAAUACGAGUUCAAGGUGCGUGCUCGUACCCGCCAUGGACUUGGGCCGUACAGCGAGACCUUCCCCUUUAAACCGUCUAAAGCCUCAGGCGUAUCAACGGCCGUCAUCGGCGCCGUCGCUGGCGCAGCUCUGGCACUAUUGUUAGUUGUCAUUAUCAUCUUCGUCGUCGUUAGUGUUCGCCGAAGGAAAAAGUACACGAAACAUGCAAACGGCAGUAUGUACGGUUUUGAAAUGGACGGUUCAACUGUGCUACCAACCUGUGGUCAGCGGAUGUAUAUAGACCCAAGUAACUAUGGUGACCCGAUGGAGGCGCUGAUGAGCGUUGCUAAGGAAAUCAACAAGGAUGACCUUAAGCUGGAAAUCAUUAUUGGCGGAGGUGAGUUUGCGGAUGUGUACAGAGGUGUUCAUACAAAUGAAGACAAGACACAAGAGAAGGUGGCUGUUAAGAUACUUAAGCCCGGUUCAUCACAUAAGAAUCGUGAGGACUUCUGUGUCGAGGCUUCUAUUAUGGGCCAGUUUGACCAUCCGAACGUCAUCGCACUUAAAGGCGUCAUCACUAGAACUCGUCCUAUGAUGAUCAUUACUGAGUUUCUGGAGAAUGGCUCUCUAGACAACUUCCUCAAGUCUAAUGACGGUCGCCUGACCACUCUCCAGCUGGUCGGGAUAGGGAGGGGCGUGGCAGCGGGCAUGGCGUACCUGUCCGAGAUGAACUUCAUUCACAGGGACUUGGCUGCAAGAAAUAUCCUUGUUUCGGACAAUCUGGCUGCCAAAGUGUCCGACUUUGGGCUGUCACGUGAGCUGGAUGAUAGUCCGGAAAAUGAGCAGUCUGAAUACCAGACGCAGGGUGGUAAGAUACCAGUCCGAUGGACAGCGCCGGAAGCGAUCCGAUACCGAAAGUUCAGCUCGGCAAGUGACGUGUGGAGUUACGGGAUCUUGCUGUGGGAGAUCAUGUCUUUUGGGGAGAGGCCCUACUGGACUUGGGACAACUUCCAGGUUAUGGACAGAGUGGAGGGGGGAUAUCGUCUUCCGGCGCCUAUGAAAUGUCCCAAAGUGAUUCAUAAUCUGAUGCUUGACUGCUGGGAUAAGGAGAAGACAAGCCGACCCAAGUUUGCUGAUAUCGUGCGAAGGCUCGACGAGGUGAUCAGGUCCCCGGACAAGAUGAACGAUGAAUUCGCUGGAUCGCGAAUAAGUCGUGCUGAGGCUACCAACAUUGCUAUGGUGAAAUCCGUGGAGGAAUGGCUCGAGAAUAUAAACAUGGGACGGUACGCGGACGCUUUUAUGGGCAGCGGUUACGUGGAUAUCGAUCACAUCCGAAACCUUGAGGAUGACGACCUGCUAAAGAUGGGGGUCAAUCUGAUUGGACACAGGAAUAAGAUAAGGAAAAGCAUCAAACAUAUAAACCAGAAGCUUGAGACGGGCGAGCUUGCUAUCUAAAUUCUAAAGUGUGAAGUCUUUACAGUGAUUAGAUACGCGAGCUGGUCAUCUAGACCAAGCCUUCAAAGAAAGUAGAUAUCCGAGCUGGCCAUUUGAAUCAAGCCAGGGAUUGUAUACGCGGGUGCCCAUCUGAAUCAGGCCUUCCCAGGGAUUAGAAACGCGAGUUUGCCAUCUGAAUCAAGCCUUUACAGGGAUUAGAUACGCGAGCUUGCCAUCUGAAUCAAGUCUUUUCAGGGAUUAGAUACGCGAGCUUGCCAUCUGAAUCAAGUCUUUACAGGGAUUAGAUACGCGAGCUUGCCAGCUGAAUCAAGCCUUCACAGGGAUUAGAUACGCGAGAUGCACAUCUGAAUCAAGCGCUUCCAGGGAUUAGAUACGAGAGCUUGUCAUCUAAAUCGAGCUUUUACAGGGAUUAGAUACGCGAGCUUGCCAUCUGAAUAAAAGCGCUUCCAGGGAU